CAGAAAUUUUGCCUGUGUCAGAAGUGUGAGGGAAAAUGGAUUCCCAGAUCAACUUUCUACCACCAUGAAAGACAGUAUGUGAAAAGUAUUAGUGCCCCGAUAGUACCAAAAUUCCCAUAUGAUGAGGCUAUUUUCACAGAUUGCAGAUUCCAGCAGCCAUUAUUUGAAGGAUCAACAACUAGCGUUUUAGAUGCAGUGACAAAACACAUGUACAUAUUUAGUAUGAACCAUGGCAUGUCAAAAUCAGCAGUGUCGGAUUCCUUGGCCUGUGAAAAGUCAUCACUUCCACAACCUAAUUGCCUGCCACAGUCAUUCCGAGAAGCCAAAGAUUUCAUAUCGCCACUCCUGAUGCCUCUUGAGAAGUAUGAUGCCUGCGUCAAUGACUGCAUACUUUACAGAGACUUAAAAGACAAAGAAUAUUCCAGUUUGCAGAAUUGCCCUAUCUGUGGUGAACCAAGGAAAAAGAGAGGAGUUGUGCAGAAGAAAUACACUUACAUGCCUUUAGGACCAAGACUGAGUCGCUGGUUUGGGACUUCUAACUUGUGUAAAUUGCUUUAUUCAAAUAGAGGAGUCUCUGCAAAUGGAAAUCUAAGAGACUUUACCGAUGGCAAAGUGUACAAGUCCUGGUUCGAAACUGGAGGGGUCUUCCAAGGACAGCAGGAAUGGCAUACAGUUCCAUUGUCCCUAUUCACAGAUGGAGUCAAUCCUAAUAAACACAUGACCAGUCAGAAAUCCAUGUGGCCUCUCAUUCUGACGUGGAUCAACCUACCAUUUGAAAUUCGCCAACUUUUAGGACCUAUGCUGUUGGUAGGAGUAAUUCCCAGUGGAAUUAACGGCAGUGAGCCAAAGUCCCUGGAGCCAUAUCUAGAACUUCUAAUUGAUGAACUUCUAUCACUUUCGGAAUUCACACUGUACAAUGCGUAUGAAAUGGCACCGAUGAAUGUGAAAGUGGCAUUACUUCAGUACCUGUGUGAUAUUCCAGCAUAUUCCAAAGUGUUUCAUCUGUCUGGACAUGGUGCACUGAGAUCUUGUCCGUACUGCCGAGAUGUAGGAGAGUAUUGUAAACAUCUGCACAAGACUAUCCAUCUCUCAAAUCGUAGGUUUCUAGAUUCGAAUCAUCCCCUGAGGUCUGAGGAUGGCUUUGGUAAACGUGGUUGUGAAAGGGAGCAGAAACCAACAUCUUAUACAUGUGAAGAGGAAGCUGAGCUGCGCAAAGAAUUUGAGCUGAAAAGAAAUAAAUCCCAGAAAGCUAAACACCAGAAAGAAACCGGUCUAAAAGGAGAAUACUCCCUUCAGAAACUUCCGUACCACAAUAGGAUGCAGCAGAUGCAACCAGACGGGAUGCACACCUUUGCAGACUUUGUGAAUCAUGUUUUAGAAAUGUUGACUGGAAAACUGAGUUCAGAGAAAGUCUUACAUUGUGAACAUUCAUAUGCACGAUUUACAGACAUCGUAGCGGACGACGAGCAGCUGGAAAGUAGGCCAAAGAAAAAGAAGACUGACAAGACUCAAACUUCACGCCAAGACAGUUCACGAACAAUUCCAUGGGAACUUACAAAGAAGCAGAUUAAGGAAGCUGACAAGAGGGCCUGUGAAAUAGUAUACAGCCAAGCUAAUGGGAUUACACCUGGGCCACAUUUCUCCAAGCCCUGGACAUUGAGAACUAUGAGUUCCAAGUUACAGUUUGUGACUACUGGUGGGCUUCAGUGGUGUAUCAGAGGAUUUUUACCUCCAAAGCAAGAAGAAACUCUUUUCUUUGUAUUUGAUACCUUGAAGAGAGUUAUCUCCCCAUCCAUUCAUCAAGCAGCCAUUGAACAGUUGCAGAUUGAUGUUCAUCAUGCUCUGUGUCUAGUGGAGAGGGAUUUCCCACUGUCACUCCAGAAUUUGACUACACAUCUUAUACAUCACAUCGUGGAUGGUCUAGAAGAAUUUGGCCCAGUUUAUGGUCGUUGGCUGUUUCCCUACGAAAGGGCUAAUGGAUGGAUUAGCCGUCAAUGCUUGAGAAAAGGUGUCGAGGAAUCAACUGUGAUGGAAACAUAUGUAAUUUAUGACUGGUGUGUUCACAUGGUGUUGUCUCAACGCUUCAAGCCUUCCGAGAUAUUCAACUGUGACAACAAACUCACUCACCUUUCAGAGAAAAUUGCAUCUGAGUACAGCGAGUCCCCAACAUUGGAGCCGCAACCGUUGUCGCCGCCGCCACCAAUCAGCAACAAAACUCGGCAAUUGACUCCACAGAUGAGCCAACACAUGAUGACAUUCUACAAGUGCGCCCUGAACAUCAACAUCUUGAACUUUGAUGAAUUUGUGGUAGAAAAUGACAAAAGCUGUGACUUUGUGGACAUUAAUGGACGGUGUCAUAAAUUCAUUGCUAAGGGUUGUAAAAGAAGAAAGACUUCUAUUGUGAAAGUUCCUUGCUCAAAUGGGACCCAGUUCGGAGAAAUCCAUUCCUUUCUUCUGCAUCGUGUGAACAGAGCUACUCAUCAUUGGGUUGUGUUGGACAUAUUUCCCCUUGCUGACAACGAUAAAGGACAUUUUCAUUUCGAUUCAAUCACCGUGUGUCAGAGACUUGUCCACCUUAGUGCUGUAAGCAGACCUUUAGCACAUGUAAAGACAGCAGAGGGUGUCCUGUGGGUGUUGGAAGAAGGCUGACUUUGUGUGUUAUAUGACUGUCAAGAUCUGAGUUGAUACAUCAUAUAUGUAUGUGUUAUUAACAACUUAAGCUUCAAGUGUCUAAUGAUAUACUAUUGAAAUAUCUGUCAUGUUGUAGCAAGUAUGUGUUUGGACCUCACAGUCAUCUAUUUCCCUUUAUUUGUGUAUAUGAACAUAUAAACGUCCUGCAAGGCUAUUUUUGUACACUACAAUUUAUACACUAAUGUACCUAUUCUAUGAGCAUACAGCAAUAUGUCAUCAAAGAGUCCUUCCAUAAAGUCUAUUAAGGUGUUACUUUGUAUUAUUUAUUUCUACUUGGUUUGUAUUCUGUGAAAAAAAAUUCUUUCCGUCAUUCAAUAUAUCAGUAUUUUACCUUAAAUUAACAUGAUGUGAAGGAUGUUCAUUGAUUAGCUACCCGGUAAAUAUUUAUGAAGCAUGUAACAUAAUUUAUAUAAAUGAACAUGACUUUACUAUGA